CAUAGAUGUUGAUUAGGAUAUUGAAUGGAGUAAGACAUUUUAGUAGAUCAUUGUGUAGUUACGAUAAAAUGAAGUAUCUUUGUGUCGCUGAGAAAAAUGAUGCAGCCAAGACGAUAUCCAGUAUUUUGUCGAAUGGACAUUCCAAUAGAAGAGAAGGAUAUUCGCAGUUCAACAAAAUUUACGAGUUUGAAAUGAAUGUUCGAGGACAAAACAGCAAGAUUGUCUUUACUUCCGUUUCCGGACACUUGUUGAAUCGUGAAUUUACAGGCAUGCAUCGAAAAUGGCUCAGCUGUAAUCCAGAAGAACUGUUUCAUGCACAAAUCUUGAAAUAUUGCCCAGAAAGGUACGAAAAGAUCAAACAGACAAUAGAAAGGGAAGUAAGGACAUCCAAUGGACUUAUUAUCUGGACUGAUUGUGAUAGAGAAGGAGAGAAUAUUGGAUAUGAGAUUAUAGAAGUUUGUCGAGCUAUUAAACCCGGAAUUCAAGUUUAUAGAGCUAAAUUCUCAGACAUGACAGCACCAUCUUUAAGACGAGCAAUGACUAAUCUAGCUGCUCCAGAUGAACGAAUCAGUCAGGCUGUAGAAGUUCGUUCUGAAUUAGAUCUUCGAAUUGGUGCUGCUUUUACACGAUUCCAAACACUUCGCCUUAAAAAUUUAUUUCCACAAAAUAUCAGUCAGGAUGAUUUAGUGUCUUAUGGAUCAUGUCAAAUUCCAACACUUGGAUUUGUUGUUGAACGUUAUAAUGAGAUAGAAGCAUUCAUUUCGUCUAAUUUCUGGAAAAUUAAAUUAACACAUCGAAUGAAUAACUUGACUGUUGAGUACAAUUGGGCUCGAAAUCGACUAUUUGAUAAGCAAUGCUGUGAAGCGAUUUUGAUGUUGUGUAAAGCUGAGAAUCUCGCAAUAAUUACGAAUGUAAAUCAAAAGCCAAAAUCUAAAUGGCGUCCCCAAGCAAUGGAUACAGUUGAACUCGAAAAGACAGGUUCAAGAAAGUUGAGAAUCACUGCUAAGGAAAUCAUGACAAUAGCUGAGAAGUUGUAUACUCAAGGAUUUAUAAGCUAUCCAAGAACUGAAACAAAUAAAUUCUCACCAGAUUUAAAAUUAAGACCAUUAGUUGAGAUGCAGACAGCACAUCCAGAUUGGGGAGAAUUUGCAAAUCGUGUACUGGAAUGGGGACCAAAUCCACGAAAUGGAAAUAAAUCUGAUCAAGCGCAUCCUCCAAUUCAUCCAACAAAGUUCACAAAUUCACUCGCUGGAAAUGAAAAGAGAGUUUAUGAGCUUAUUGUGCGGCAUUUCUUAGCUUGUGUCAGCCGUGAUGCUGUUGGAUCUGAGACAAUUGUAAAUGCGACGGUGGGUGACGAAGAAUUUAAUGCAACAGGUCUUGUAAUUCUCGAAAGGAACUACCUCGAUGUUUAUAUCUAUGAGAAAUGGACAGGAAGAGAAAUUCACCGAUAUGAAAUAGGAAAUACUUUUGUGCCAACUGUUUUGGAUCUUCAUGAAGGAAAAACAUCACCGCCUUCACUUUUAACCGAGGCAGAUUUGAUUGCUUUGAUGGAAAAGCAUGGAAUUGGAACUGACGCAACUCAUGCUGAGCAUAUUUCAACAAUUAAAGAUCGUGGAUAUAUCGGAGAGGUGGAUCGUGGGCUAGUUCCAGGCAUUUUGGGUAUGGGCUUAGUUGAAGGAUACAAAUUAAUGAACCUGACACUUUCGCAACCGGAACUUCGAGCUGGUUUGGAAGUAGAUUUAAAAGCAAUUUGUGAAGGUCGAAAAAAUCCAAAUGACGUGCUUCAGGAACAGAUUGAGAUUUACAAGAACUGUUAUCAAACAAUAACGAGAGAAGUAGCGCAUCUUGAUAGAGCUGUUGGAAAUAGAUUUGGUGUACAGCCUGACAAUAAUGCACAACCUCUUCGAAUCACAUCCAUUCAUAAAAUAUGCAAAUGUCCAAAAUGUCAAACAGAAUCGAUUAUUAUAAGACGAAAGAAGGACAACACAGGUUCAUUUCUUUCAUGUCAAGGAUAUCCAACAUGUAAACAUGCGAUUUGGCUCAAAAUAAACGUCAAGGAUGUGACAAGUUUAGACGAAAAAUGUACAAAUUGCAAUAACGACAAUCAUAAACUUAAAAUUAAAUUUUCUCAGCCUUACAUGCUCUCGCAAGUGGAAGAAGUGCCUGCAUAUUCACGAGUUGAGAAUGGACACUACAUAACUUGUAUAUACUGUGACUCAAAAGCUAGAGAAGUUCUGCAAAUUAAGACAGAAGAUGUUAAAGUUUUAGGUAAUGUAGUCAGUGCUUCAACUCGUCCAGUAGUUCAAAGAAAUCCAGUAAUUAAUAGUAAUCCUCCUCGAAACAACAACCCAGCAUUAAACAAUAAUCCUGUUCGUCCUCAAAGCAAUAAUAGAAAUUUCGGUACGAAUUCUAAUAAUUCGAAUGACAAUCGACGAGGUUGGCCUGACAACAGUCGUUCCUCAGGAUCAAACAAUAACUCAAACAAUAAUAAUCAGCAAAGCUUUGCAAACUUAUUUCCAAACUUCACAAAUAACCAGAACAAUAAUAAUAGCCAAAGUCAGAGACGAAACUGGUUCAAUAAUGACGGUGAUGGAAGUUCGGAUGACAGACGAAGAGACAAGGACAAAUUGAACGCUUUACCGAACGUAUUGUGUGGAUGUAAUGCAGCAGCACUUAAAUUAAUUGUUAGAAAAGACGGACCAAACAAGUCACGACCAUUUUAUAAAUGUAAUGGCGAUAAAUGUAAAUUCUUUCAAUGGGGUGAUGUGCCACUUCCAACAACUGUACAAACAAUGCAGGCUGGGGGAUCAGGUGGAGGCAAUGAGAGAGGACCAAAAAAAUGUGGAAUUUGUCGACAGGCAGGACAUAACAGAAAGAAUUGUCCAAGUAUUAAUCGAUGAACGUUAACAGACAAAUUUUAAUUUUUACCGGUCACAAAAAAGGAAGCAGCAGUAAUUAAGAACUGUAUCAUACGUAUCACUAUUAUUGUUUUUAUUAUAAGAUAGUAAGUAUAAUAAAAAUGGCGUUCAAGAACAUCAUGAUUAAUUUACAAAAUGAAUAUAAAAUAUAACUUUAUUUAAACAACAUUAAGCAUUUUAAUUUGUCCUUAGCUGAUAAUCACCAUUUUGCGUAAUAUAUCUGACCCAGGGAAGUGCCUGAUAGCCGCUCUUUUCGAUAAUUUUAAGAUAUCUCACUUGAAUUCCUGAGACUGUAAAGUAUGGAAUCUCAAAUCGAACCUGAAUCGGUGGCUUUCCUUCAGCAUCUUCAGCUUGGACGGAUGGCAAUUGGAAUUGAGCACGCAUUAAGUAUUCUUUACCACCAGCGAAUGACUUGAUAUUCCAAAUAACUGCAUUUUGUUCGGGAUUAUAUUUUACACUUCCAAUCGUUGUCUUGAAUUUUGGUGAAUCAGCAUCCAUUGGAACUGGAAUGAUAACUUCGACAUUAUUGGCAGUCGAACGUCUUUUGAACUGUGAUUUUGCCUUAAUCAUGUAUUCAACACGACUAUGUGCGUGUCUCUCAAUGACUGACUCAAUCCAAAUUAAAGGCUUGAUUUGAUUACUGUUGCGAUAGGUCAUUAACUCAAACUCUGCGUCGGGCGGUAUAAAGCUUAUAGUCCUGUCAUUUUCGAAACGAGAUAAGCGAACACAUUGAUGGAACUUUACAUCUUCUAGCUCGAUAGAUUUUGACUUGCCACGACCAGUGCUUUCAAAUAAUACUUUAUCGUUAAGACCGAGACGUAACUCAGGCAUUCCUGAUAAGUAGACGCGCAUUUUAAUCGUUCCUUCAAUUUCACUUCUUAAAACAGUUCCAUUUUGAUUUGCUAAUAAAUUAACACUCUCAAUUACAUCUAAAAAUACUUCAUUUUUGCGGUAUUUAAUUCCUUCGGAUCUCCAUGAAACGGCAUUUGUUACAGCCAUUGGAAUUCGUACCUGAACUUCCAACUUAUAUCCUUCUUGUGUGAUAUAUUCUUGGAGAAUUUUACUAUCCGUUGUUUGCGGAUAUCCAAAGUCAAUCAAUUCAUCGAGAAGCUCAUAAACGAUGACAAAAUUAUCUCUGAUUGAUUCUUCUUCCAGUUCCUUAAAGUACUCGGUGAACACCUCAACAAUCUUAUGCAACAUAGUGAAUAUAAGUGCAAUGUUAGCAUUUCUUUUGGUUGUUGACACAAUGUAUAGAUUAUUGGUCUUGAUAUAAGCGAAAUUGCAUUCCUGUGUCUGCAAAAUUGGUCCAAGUGUGCCUUCUUCCUCUACAAUGAAAGAUCCAGAUUAGAGAUCUAGUAUGGGUGUGUUAAAAUCUUGUAUUUCAUUAAUUAAUCAUUAUUAAAGGAUUUAUUUGAUCACAGUAGCCUUUAAAAUUACGUGUUCUACCCAUUUAGCAUUGAGAUAUCCUUGUAAUUAUGGAUUAUUCAAGUUAAAUUAUCGAUAUUUACCUUUAUCCAUUAAAAGUGGCAUAAACUUAUCAAUGACCUGUGAAUCAAGCUCCCCUCGAUAGUUCCGCGAUAUGAGAACCUUUCCCUUUAAAUCUAAUAUAAAUAUUUGACUGAACAUCUUGGAUUAUUAAUUUUUUUAACAAAUAGAAAAAGAUAUUUUUUUUGAUGAUGACAAGAAAUGAGUCGGUUAGUGUGACAAUGCAGCAGCUCCAAUGUUCCUCUUGAUUAUAGCUUGUUUUAGGUAGCUGGAAGCUUGAAUCGAAUGACAUGCAGCUGUAUAUACUAUAUUAUUAUGAUUUGGA